AUGAGCGCGACCAACGACGAAAUGAAUGAUCACAAUUCCUCCGCCGUUGCUAAUUGUUCAGCACUUGGAGAUGUUCUCUCUGCAUCUUCAUACAUCAUCACCACCACGACAACAACAUCACCAACGUCAUCUUCACUUCUCCAUGGAACAACAAGUGUGUUUCCGAAUGAUGAUACUUUGGGUAUUAUUGGUAAAGAUGAUGAUCGUGAACCGCAACAAAUUAGGAAGAACAGGUCUAGAGCGAACAAUAACAGCCUCAUACACAACUCGGAGUUUACUACUACUACAGCACAACAUCAUACAAGAACCAACUCGAGAGCCAUCAACCAACUUAGCCUCUCCAUGGAUCUCGAUCCCAACCUCUUUUUGAAUUAUUCUCCUCGUUCUUCACCGAGUAGAACUUCUUCUCCAUCAACUACUACUAAUUCUUCAGGUAACAUGAGUAUUCAAAACAUUUUGGAUGAUGUGCUAACAUUGGAUUCGGCCGAGUCAUCAACGCCUCCAACCAUUGGUGUACCCUUCAAUGAUCAUCAUUCACAACAACUUUCAAGCACAAAACGUUUCUCUUCAACCACGACUCCUCUGCUUUCACAACCAUCCCCAACUCGCACAUCAAGUUUAUUUGUCACCACUCCAAAUGAAAAUGCAUUCAUAUCAACGACAUCAUCCACGCUACCUGUUGCUCAUCAGCACACCCCUUCCAGCAGUUCAUCCUCAUCCUCUUCCUUUCACACCACAGAAUUUGGCCUUUCGCCGUCUGACACUCCUUCUAUUACUUGCAUUCCAAAUCAUCACUUAAAAUCUACCCCAGCUCUCCCGCGACACAAUGAAUCACUACUGACGUCAAACACAAACAAAACUCAUCAAAAUUAUAUGUCAUGGUUUUUUGACAAACUAGCCAUGUAUACUGUAACAUUAUUUUCGCUGUUACUUUCCCCAAAAAUCGUAACUUUACUCGGGGAAGAUUCAUCACAAGACUGCAACACCCCUUUAUCGCCAGAUGUGCACUCACAAAAACGAAGACAAAGUCUGCAAGAUGACGAGUCGCUUAUUAUCAAAUUCAAGUCAAGGCAUGAAGAACUCGCAAAGAAUAAUCCAAAAUUAAUGAUUGGUAUUGCAAUUCUGUUGAUAUUUAUGACCUACUUUUUUAUUAAUCCAACAACGCACAGUUAUUUCAUAUUUUGGCUUGGAUUCAUAGUGGAAAUGAGCAUGAACAUUACUGUGGACCACAUAUUAUGUACAACCAAUUCUCGAUCCAUAUUCAAACUUGAACUAAUUAACAUGUGUCGAAUGUUUUUCGCAUUUGUUGCUCGAUUGCUUGUUCAACUUUAUUAUGGUCCCUUUUUCCCAUUUUGGAUUUUACAAACAUUCCCAAUCAUAAUUGUUGUAAAUAUUUUUUACUAUAGAAGAGAAUUUUCAAUUAUCAACACGAUCAUCAACAUGGUGGGCACGUGUUUUGCAAUGCAUGUUGCUGCAUUAUGGGAGUUUGAAAGGACCAAAGAUGAAUUCGUACUUUAUGCUACCAAAACUAAGAUACUAGAGACUAUUGGGUUGCAGUUUAUAAUAUUUGUAAUAUCUUAUCAGUUUUCAUACAUGAUGGAAAGACAAGGAGACGAGAACACAAAAAAACAAUUCGAAAUUCUCAAACAACAAAUCAUGAACACCUCAAAAACAAAAUUUAUUGGAAACUUGUCUCAUGAAGCCAGAAACCCACUUCAAGGCAUUCUUUUAUCUGUGCAGUUAUUGCAGAACGAAAUCAAUUCUACUGAUAAUCAACAACAAGUAUUCAGCCAAGCUUUGAAAGAAACUCUUGAUGAUAUUUACUACAAUGCUACAUUACUACUUCAUAUUUUCUCAACAUCUUUGCAAAUGAGCAAUUUAGAACUAGGAUCGAUAAAGCUCAAUGAGAACAAAUUCAGCCUACUUGAAUGUAUUGAGAAUAUGAUUUCAGUGUUUGGUAGAGCUGCAGAUGAAAAAGGAAUUUCCAUAGGAUCUUGCUAUAAUUUUAAUUCCUUGUCAAAGUACAACUUCCUUGGAGAUCAAACACGAGUGUCUCAAAUUUUGGUGAAUAUUGUUUCUAACGCACUCAAAUUUACUGAAAAAGGUUUUGUUUUUCUUUCAUGUGACACGUGCACAAAGAGUGAGCUGAAGCAACUCAAAAUGAGAGAGGAUCCUCAGUACACGUAUAUCAAGAUUGUUUGCGAGGAUACAGGCAUUGGAAUGUCACACGCAACUCAGCAGAACCUUUUCAAGAAGCCCUUUUAUCGAAUCGAUUCAGAUACAGUGAGUUCAGCAAUUCAGGGCAGCGUUGCAAAUUUUAACCCCAUCUUUGAACAGUAUUUUGUCAAAUCAUUGUCAAACAAUUCUGAUCUUGUUAUUGAUGACAAAUCAUCCAGUGAACAUGACGGCUCAACCAGUAGAGGAUUUGGAAUCAGCAUUACAAAAAGCUUGGUAGAUUUGAUGGGUGGCAAAAUACUUGUUUCUUCCGAGUUGGGUCGUGGUACCAAAGUGACAGUAAUUUUACCUCUAAAGAAUUUACCAUUGUCAGAACAAGUAGAUUUGAUCACUUCUGAUUUCGAAUACAAAUCAGAAAAUAGAAGUAUCAGUGCGUGCUCCAAAGAGUUACACGAGGCGGUGCAUUAUUGCAUUCCUGAUUUUUACCUGAUAGAUUCCAAUCCAUUGACACCACUCGUGUUGAAACCUUAUUUAUCAUUCAUAUUUCCAAGUUCAAAAUUUGUAAUUACUGACAAGGUCAGUGAAAUCAAGAUCUCCCAAGAACAAAAACUUUCGAUCGUUAUCUAUAAUCAAGCCGUGUGUGAUUCACGAGCGUUUGAAUCAAUUGCCAAAGACUGCGUUUUAAUUCCAAUGAACAAUAGAGGACAGUACACGGAGCAUCGAUACUUGUCACGACCAAUCCGAUUUAAGGACUUGCUAGAAGUUCUCUUAUUCUAUGUGAAAAGCCGACCUAUCGAGUUACCUUUGAUGAGCAGUGACGAGAAAAGCUCUAGUUCAAACCAAAUCGAUGAUAACACUUCUACAACACAAAAAGCUGCUCUUGUCGUUGAAGAUAAUGAUAUUAAUAGAAAAGUAUUAGCCAAGAUGUUACGAGGUAUUGGAUUUGAGAUUGUUGAUUGCUGUGAAAAUGGAUUGGAUGGAGUUGAAAAGUUCAAACAAAAACAAAAUCAAUAUGGAAUUAUUUUAAUGGAUUUACUCAUGCCAGUAAUGGAUGGAAAAGAAGCAUGUAGUAUGAUUUCCCAACUUCAAAAAGAUUCUUCUACGAAAACCCCUGUAGUUGCAGUGACAGCCAAUAUUUGGGAAACUAAGGAACGACUGUUGGCUCAAGGCUUUAGUGACGUGCUUUACAAGCCAAUUACGCUCAAAAAUUUAAAGACACGUCUUUCAGAAAUUGUCAAUUAA